GAUUCUGUCAUGACAGCAUGAUACUGCACGCAACCAUCCUCAUUGUUAUCGCACCCGGACUGUUGUCUCGCCGCCAAUCAAAAGGCAUGCCGUUCCUAUUCGAAGAUUUUAACAUGGUUUCAGAUUCAGUGCUUCCAAGGUUUGCCGAACCGAUCCCGAACGUCACAGUGACCGUCGGCCGAGACGCGCUGAUGGCCUGCGUUGUAGACAACCUAAGAAAUUAUAAGGUAGCGUGGGUCCGGGUGGACACGCAGACAAUCCUCUCCAUACACCAUUCGGUGAUCACUCAGAAUCCCCGGGUCUCACUUUCUUACAACGACCACAGAUCCUGGUACCUGCAUAUAAGCAAUGUACAAGACAUUGACAGAGGAUGGUAUAUGUGCCAGGUCAACACGGAUCCAAUGCGGAGCAAGCAGGGAUAUUUGCAAGUCGUUGUUCCACCCCGGAUAGUGGAAAGGGACUCAUCACCGGAUCUGGUCGUAAGGGAAGCCGGCGAUGUGACCCUGCAGUGCAGGGCGCAGGGUUAUCCAGACCCUUAUGUCAUGUGGAGGCGGGAGGACGGAAAAGACAUCAAUUACAAUGGCGACAUGGUAAACGUCGUAGACGGCGAGAUCCUGACAAUCAAAAAAGUCAGCAGACUUCACAUGGGCGCGUACUUGUGCAUAGCAUCCAACGGCGUUCCCCCUUCCAUCAGCAAGAGGGUCUUCCUCCGUGUUCAAUUUCCUCCAAUGCUUUCUAUAGCAAAUCAACUUGAAGGGGCGUAUAUUGGUCAAGAUAUUUCGCUAGCCUGCCAGACAGAAGCAUUCCCAUCGUCCAUCAAUUAUUGGACAACUGAAAAAGGGGACAUGAUCGUAAACGGUGAAAAAUUCGAGACUUCGACUUCCGACCAAGGAUACGCCAGGUACAUGGUACUCAAGAUUCGCAAUGUGACCAGAAAGGACUUUGGUUCAUACCAGUGCGUCGCCAAAAAUUCCCUAGGUGAAACAGACGGAGUUAUCAAAUUAGAAGAGAUAACCCUACCUGUAAGCAAGUCGACUCUUGUAAAUUCAACGACUACACCCGAAAAAGAUCGAAGGAAAAUGAAGCAAGAGCGUUAUUCCAAGCAAGAAUCUGAAGAAUACCAAUGGCAAGAUAUAGAAAUUGACGAGGACUUUGAGAUUCUUCCAACGGCUGCAACGGAGGAUUUGUCAGCAGCUGACUCUGCAUCGCUAAGCCCGUCUCUUUUGUUGAUCCCUGUCCUAUUCGUCUUGAGCUGAUACGUCUCCCUAGUUCGUCUUAGUUUAAGCGGAAUGCUUUCGUGGAACUCUGUUGGACUGUAAAUAUUGUGCCCCGAAAUCGCGACCAUUCGCAACGGUUGUGUAAAUAAAUUAUAAAUAUGAUGAAUAAAGUAUGUAUGUAUGGAACGCUUAAAAGAGCCUGUAUGUAUUGUUGUUAAAAAUUAAUCAGAAAUAUUGUAAAAUUUUCUGAAUAAAUGUUAA